AUGACGAAUUUGAAUGGUGUGUUGACACCGCCGUCAACACCAUCGCCCAACUUGCUGCAGAUGAACAUGGCCCGCGAGAGGGAGAAAUACUUGGAGGAGUAUAACUUCCCAUUUUGUGAAGCUGCCACCAAGUUUGAAAAACUGGCAAAGAUUGGUCAAGGCACAUUUGGUGAGGUGUUCAAAGCACGAGAGAAAAAAAAUCCUAAAUUUACAGUUGCUAUGAAAAAAAUUCUAAUGGAAAAUGAAAAAGAAGGAUUUCCAAUUACUGCUCUAAGAGAAAUUCGAAUAUUACAACUAUUAAAACACGAUAAUGUUGUAAGUCUAUUGGAAAUCUGUCAAACUAGAGCCACUCAGUUUAAUCGUUAUCGUUCUACAUUUUAUUUGGUAUUUGAAUUCUGUGAACAUGAUUUGGCUGGCCUGCUAUCGAAUACCAAGGUGAAGUUCAGUAUAGGAGAGAUUAAGCAAGUAAUCCAACAAAUGCUGAAUGGUCUCUACUACAUACACAGCAACAAAAUUUUGCAUCGUGACAUGAAAGCAGCAAAUGUUUUGAUCACAAAAACUGGGACAUUAAAAUUAGCUGAUUUUGGUCUUGCCAGAGCGUUCAGUGCUCAGAAAAAUGGUCAACCAAACAGGUAUACUAAUCGAGUCGUAACAUUAUGGUAUCGACCUCCCGAGUUGCUGCUUGGCGAUCGUAAUUAUGGUCCGCCUGUGGACUUAUGGGGAGCUGGAUGCAUUAUGGCUGAAAUGUGGACUCGUAGUCCAAUUAUGCAGGGUAAUUCUGAGCAACAACAAUUAACUUUGAUUUCUCAACUAUGUGGUUCAAUAAGUCCAGAAGUCUGGCCGAAAGUUGAAUCUUUAGAUCUAUACAAUCAAUUGGAACUAGUCAAAGGACAAAAACGAAAGGUGAAGGAACGAUUAAAGCCCUACGUGCGUGAUCCAAUGGGUUGUGAUCUAUUAGAUAAACUCUUGGUAUUGGAUCCAGCCAAGAGAUUUGAUGCCGAUUCUGCUCUAAACCACGACUUCUUCUGGACAGAUCCUAUGCCAUGCGAUCUAUCUAAAAUGUUAUCUCAACAAACACAAAGUAAUUUUGAAUAUUUGGCUCCACGCAGACUCAAUAAUCACCAGUCAUCUGCUAUGCGGCCAGCUUCAACCGUUCCAAGUCAAGGGACGUCUACAUCUGCUACUUCAGGUUUUCAUGAACGUGUUUUCUAG